GAAAGUUAAAACUUCGAUCUUUGGCCUGAGCAAGAACUAGCGAAUCAAGAAGAAAAAGAAAAAUUAAUGGCUUAUUUGAAAGUUGUAUCCACAAUGUCCAAUUGCAUUUCAACUAGAUUAAUAAUUGUGCCUGGAAAUGUAUGGAUUUGUAGAGACUUUGUUAGUGCCACAAGACCUUCUGAAAAAAUUGAUAAAGAGACUUGCCAAAAGAUAAUAGAAGCAGCAGAAGCAGUGAAAGAAGGGGCUAAAGAAGUGAAAAGCGUUGGUGAAUUUGUCAAAGAGACAGUUUCUUCUAGUGCUGGAAAUGUAAUCUCGGAAAUGGCAAAGAAGACACUAGAAAAGGCAACGGAACAAGAAGAGAAAGGUGCAUGGGAUAAAGUCAAGGACACUGCAAAUGACAUCAAGAAGAAAGUCGUUGGCAAAUGACUUUACUAAUUAUCCUUAAUUGUAUUGAAUUUUAAGUUUUAUAUACUAUCAAUGUAAGAAUGUUAUACUUAAUGUAAUUUAAACAA